AUGGCGACUGCUGCGGAGACGGAAGCCUCUUCGCCGACGGACCCGAGCUGCGAAAGUGGCGGCGGCGAGGAGGAGAUGAAGCGGGCGCUUCCGCAGCCCGAGUCUUCCCCACAAAAUGGCGGCGGCGGCGGCGGCCCCAGCAUCUGGGAGCCCGGCGGCGGCGGCGGCGCGGCGCCUGAGGAGACGGCGGCCCCGGCCACGGCGGGCGUCAGCCAAGAGCAGCCUCGGGACUCGGCUGAAGCGGGCGCGGCCGCUCUCCCCAAAGGUCUCGAAGAGCCCGAAAAACCCGUUAGGAGGAUUUUUCAGAUCCCCAGGAAGAGCAGAGAAAAGAAAGCACUUUUUCAGCCAUUAACUCCAGGAUCUCGUGAAUUUGAAGACGUUUUAAAUAUUCUCCAUUCAUCUUACCUUGAACCAACCUCAGUAACAAAUUUUAACUAUAAAUGUGCUUGCUUGGUACAUAAUGAGCUUCUGGAAAAAGAGUUUACAGAAAAACGAAGAGAACUGAAGUUUGAUGGCCGUUCAGAUAAAGAACUUUCAGAAUCCUAUGCAUUUUUAAUGGUUAAUCGCUAUCAGGUUCAAAGCAUAUGUGAAAAAGGACUACAGGUGGGCCAGUCCAAAAUAACAAUUCUUGGCAGUCCUUCCAUGGGUAUCUAUCUUUCUAGGUAUCCUGAUUUGUUACAAGCUAAUCCUUUGGAAGCUGGGACAGUGGGUGAUGUUAUUAUUUUUAAAGUAAUGAAGGGUAAAAUCAAAAGUAUAUAUGAACCCAUGGGUGUAAAAAGUUUGGAAUCUAAAAGUGCUUUGGAUCCAACACCAAAGCAUGAAUGUCAUGUGUCGAAGAAUGCCAAUAGAAUUACAUCACUUUUGGCUUACCGAGCCUAUGAGCUUACUCAAUAUUACUUUUAUGAGUAUGGCUUUGAUGAACUAAGGCGAAGACCAAGACACGUGUGUCCAUAUGCAGUUGUGUCUUUUACUUACCAAGAUGAUAUACAACCUCCGAAGUUUGUACCUUCAUUAAGAUCUAACAGCUUUAAUGCAGAUAGAAACACAGAUAAAUUUCAUUAUACCUUGUGGAAAGGACAGCUUUUAAAUAAAGGAAAGCUUUUGUGCUAUAUUUCUCUGAGGUCAGCCACUCGUGCUUUUUUGCCUAUCAAACUUCCUGAGAAGCUAGAUGUUGAAACAGUUAUGAGUAUUGAUCAUCUGAAACAGAAAAUUCCUCCAGCACUGUUUUACAGGGAAGCAUACUUCGGUUCAAAUGAAGUUUUGAAGAAUGGAAUGUAUUGCAGUCUUUAUGAAGUCAUAGAAAAGACAAGAAUUGGAAGUAACAUGGAGAGUUUACUGCAAAAACUAGAGAAAGAAAAACUUGUUCUUGUUAAACCUUUGGGUGACCGAGGAUACCUUUUUCUUCUCUCUCCUUUUCAAAUGGUUUCUCCAUAUGAACAUCAAACUGCCAGAUCUCGAAUCCUACAUGCUUUGUUUCUGUUUCAAGAAUCUAGAGGCAUAGUUACUUCACAAAAAGGUUCAACCAAUGUAGCACCACCGGAAAGACACGAGAGCAUGCAAGAUAUAUUAAAAAUAACUCAGUUUUUACAAUUUGCUUUGAUUCGGUGUCGAAAGGAAUUCAAAAAUAUAAAUAGUAUAAAUUUUCAUUCUGUCGUUGAAAAGUAUGUGAGUGAAUUUUUUAAGCGAGGUUUUGGUUCAGGUAAACGAGAGUUUACUAUGUUUCCAUAUGAUUCACGAUUAGAUGAUAAAAAAUUCUUAUACCCAGCUCCAAGAAAUAAAUCCCAUAUUGAUGAUUGUUUGCGCACCUAUAUUUUUCGGCCUGAAAUGUAUCAGUUACCUAUUUGUCAGUUAAAAGAGCUAUUUGAAGACAAUAGAAAACUUCAACAGUUUGGUCAACUUUCAGAUUAUGAAGGCCAUGAAGAAAUGAAUGGCACAAAAAAGAAAUUUGGGAAACGAAAUAACUCAAGGGGUGAGACUAUUAAACCUGGAAAGCAGAAGUCAUCUCACUCUUUGGAUUAUGAUAAGGAUAGAGUCAAAGAAUUGAUUAAUUUGAUUCAAUCUAGGAAAAAAAAUGUGGGUGGGGAUUCAGACACAGAAGAUACGAGAAGCAAAACUGUCUUGAAGAGGAAGCUUGAGGAUCUACCUGAAAAUAUGAGAAAGUUCGCCAAAACCAGUAAUUUAGCUGAAAAUUGCCAUCUGUAUGAAGAGUCUCCACAGCCCGUUGGCUCACUUGGGCGUGACACUGACUUGCAGCAGGAGGAUACCUCUAACUCUGGUGUUGCUGACAUCCAUAGGCUGUUUAAUUGGCUAUCAGAAACAUUAGCAAAUGCGCGCAAUUCUGAUGCAUCCCUGACAGACACAGUCAACAAAGCCUUAGGAUUGAAUUCUGAUGGUGCCUAUGAAGAGCUGAGGCAAAAGCAUGAAUAUGAAUUGAAUUCUAACCGAGAUAAGAAGGAAUAUGAGCAGCUUACUUGUGCAAACAUUGAAAAUGCACAUUUUAAGGGCACUCGGAGCCCAUUGCUAGACGCUGAUACAUCGUCUGUAAAAUAUCCUGUUGCUCUUUCUACCAGUGAAGUAGGCACUGACCAUAAACUACAUUUGAAAGAAGAACCAAAUUUAAUUAACAUGAGUAAUUUUGAAGAUUGCAGUUUGUGUCCCAACAUUCCCAUUGAACAUGGAUUCCAUAAACAAUCUAAGUCAAAUAAUGUUGAAGAGACUGAAAUACAUUGGAAACUGAUUCCAAUUACAGAAGGGAAUGAAAGAAGCCCAGAAGACCAGCUGGGGAAACAUGGUGAAAAACAAAUGCCAGGUAUGAAAUCACCAGAAGAACAACUGGUGUAUCUGCCACCACAGGAGACCUUUCCUAACGACCCCCGGGUAGUAAGUAGACAGAGAAGUUCUGAUUCCCAGUUUCCAUCCUCUCCAUUUACAGACACACUAAAGGGCACCACUGAGGAGAACGUGUUAACAGGUCAGGUGAUGACAGUGGAGGAGCAGUGUGUGCCAGCAGCAGAGCCGCCUGCAGUGAACGAAACCACAGAGAGCACAGUGUUAGGAGAAUACAAUAUCUUUUCUAGGAAGAUAGAAGAGAUUUUGAAGCAAAAGAAUGUUUCAUAUGUCAGUAGAAUUCCCACACCUGUCUUUUCAACACAAGAGAAGAUGAAACGACUUUCUCAGUUCAUAUAUUCUAAGACUUCCAAAGCUGGUGUACAGGAGUUUGUAGAUGACUUGCAUGAGAAACUAAAUUCUAUUAUCAAAGCAACAGCCAAGGGUGGGAAUUGGCCACCAGUCAGUCUUAAUGGUUCUGGUACUAAGAUAGCAUUGAAUUCUCUAGGAAGAUAUAUCAUACCAGUUUCCUCAAGUGACUUCAAUAAACACCUUGAACCACUUUGUAGUGAUACUUUGAAAAACACCAUCUCUACUGAGCAGCAUCCUUCAACUUUGGGUUUAACUGAAAUAGAAGUGAACCAGCCACACCAUGCCACGGAGCUAAUGGUGACUUCUGAUCAUACUGUACCUGAUGAUACUGCUCAGGAAACAGAAAAGGAAACAAAACCACCCAGUGAUGUAGACAUUUCUGCCCAGCCAGCUCUUUCAAAUUUUAUAAGCAAAUUAGAACCUGAAGUAUUUAACAGUUUGGUUAAAAUCAUGAAAGAUGUCCAGAGAAAUACUGUGAAAUUUUACAUUCAUGAAGAAGAAGAGAGCGUGCUCUGUAAAGAAAUAAAGGAAUAUCUUAUCAAGUUAGGCAAUACAGAAUGUCAUCCAGAACAGUUUUUGGAAAGAAGAUCAAAAAUAGAUAAACUAUUAAUUAUUAUUCAAAAUGAAGACAUUGCAGGCUUCAUUCACAAGGUACCUGGCCUGGUGACUUUAAAGAAGCUUCCCUGCGUUAGUUUUGCUGGUGUUGAUAGUCUGGAUGAUGUUAAAAAUCAUACAUACAAUGAAUUAUUUAUAUCUGGAGGUUUUAUUGUUUCCGAUGAAUCCAUUCUAAAUCCAGAAGUUAUCACAAUUGAAAACCUUAAAAAUUUUUUGACAUUCCUUGAGGAACUUAGUACUCCAGAAGGAAAAUGGCAAUGGAAAGUCCACUGUAAGUUUCAGAAAAAACUAAAGGAACUGGGCAGAUUGAAUGCUAAAGCUCUAAGUCUGUUGACGCUUCUGAAUGUCUAUCAGAAGAAACAUCUGGUUGAAAUUUUGUCUUACCACACUUGUGAUUCACAAGCUCGAAAUGCUCCAGAAUUGGACUGCCUUAUUAGACUUCAGGCUCAGAAUAUACAGCAACGACACAUUGUUUUUUUAACAGAAAAGAAUAUCCAGAUGCCCUCAAGUUAUACAGACAGUGGAAUAGUAGUUGCAUCUGCUGCAGCUUUUAUGCAAAACUUUAAAGAUCUCGUGGGCUAUCACAACUUGGUCACAGAAGAAAACCUUCCACUGCUUGGUGCUAAUGAGAAUCUUGAGUCGCAGUCAGCUCUUUUAGAAAACGAUGAAAAGGAUGAAGAGGAUAUGUCUCUGGAUUCAGGGGAUGAAAUCUCACAAAUAGAAGUGUACAGCAGUUCAGAAAUAUUGGCGAAAGAGACCAAAGGAUCACGUGGAACAGAUCAAAAUAAGAAUAUUCAAAUUGAGUUGCAAUCGUCUCUUGACGUGCAAAAAAGUUUAUUAGAAGAUAAGACUUAUCAAAUUGAUUCUGAAGAGAGAGCUUCUAUUGAUGUAAGCUCUGAAGGACAGAACAAUUCAGCUGAACAAGAUUCAUAUAGCAACUUUCAGGUUUAUCAAAAUCAAUUAAAUAUGUCCCAUCAGUGUAGUCAUUUUAAUGUCCUCACUCACCAGACAUUUUUGGGAACACCAUAUGCCCUUCCAUCAAGUCAGUCUCAAAGUGAAAAUUACUUUUUAUCUGCUUAUUCUGAAAGGUUGGGGGAAAAAUGA